UUUUAACCAAAAAAAAAAAAAAGAGGUAUCAUGUUGGGCCAAUGCAAGCAUGUCGAGUAUCAAAAACCUAUGAAAGAGUCAAAAUUCUGGGUCCAACUUUGAUGUUAAAAUUCAUGUUCGUUUUGAUAUCUGUAACUGUUAUUAUCAGUCCACAAUAUCAAUUGCACUUCAAUAUAUUUUUUCCUAAAAUUGUUUUGGUGAUUAUGAGAUGAGAUUUCUCCUAAAAUUGAAGACCGUAGUUUGAAUAUUUUUUCACUACGACUUUUAAUCCUAUAAAAAAAAUAAAAAAAAUUAUGAUUCGAUCAUCAAAAUCGUGUCACAUACUUUAGUCUCGAGAAGUCAGCCCAUUAUACAACUAAAUGGGCUUUCUAGGUCCAUUAAGUCUCACUGCUUCCCCAAAUCUGAGAAAAAUAUCUUCCUUGGAACCCUAACUUUAUUUCCCCAGGAUAGAGAUAGGGACAGAGAUAAACUACACUGACAAUAAAUCGAAGAUUGUCAAAUGUGUCGGAAUCCUUGAUCAACACACGAAUUUUCUCGAUUAUCGAUUCGAUCUUCUAAUCUUGCAAUUUUGCUGGAAAGUUAUCUUCGUGUCUCAAAACUCCACCAGUGAUCGGUAUCAAGCUCCAUGGACACCGAACUGAAUUCUCCUCCGCAUGAUGAUGGUGGUGAUACCACUACCGCUUUUCGAAAGCCUUCCAAUGACGGGACUAGCAGAAAAUAUCGCCGUCGAGCUUUAGCUGACGAUGGCUCAUCUUCAUCUGAUGGAAGUCCUGAACGUAAUCAGAGCCCUAAUCCAAAGCAUUCUAGGAAAGAUUCUGAACCAGUUCAUGUGAGGAAAGAGGAUAGAUGGGAAUCUGAUCGCAGUCGUUAUGGUAGAGGAGGUGUUGAUUCACAUAGACAUGAUAGGUACUCUAGGGAUGAUAAUUACGGAUAUAAGCGUGAUGAGUAUAACAGACAUGGGAGGGAUGCGCGUUCUACUAGCCGUGAUUCAAGAGGUGGCAGACAUUCUGACCGUAGAAGAGUGGAGACUGAAUAUAGCAGGUUAAGAAAUGACUCAGACAGAAGUUCCCAUGAUAAGUAUAGCAACUCUGGACAUAGAGUCAAAAGUAACGAGAAAGGUGAAGAUUUGUCAUCUGGUAGGAGACACUCAGACUCAAGAGUGGAGGAUAAUGAGAAAAGAGGUUCUCGCUGGGGUUUUGGUGACCGUCAUUCCCGUGUUGAAAGAAAGGAACAUGAGGACCCUGAGAUUAGCAAGGAGAAGGAGGUUCAUGUCAAAUCUUCAAGAGACCGUUCUGAUGGGAAAUGUUUGGCUACAGAGGAUCGAGAUACUCAUUCUAAGAAACUGAAGGGUUUCAUAUCAGACAAGUUUACUACUGGCAAUACUAAUGCAGAAGAGAAACAGACAUCAAUCUUAAAGCCUUCCCCCGGUGAUGUUGAUGCUGCAAAAGUUGCAGCUAUGCAGGCUGCUGAAUUAGGUAAUACUGUUUUGAUGCUAUUCUAAAUUGACUUGUCCUUGUUUUUGUAUACUUAUGAUCUUGCCAUCUGAAGAUAGUUAAUUGAAAGUCAUGCUUUAUCUAGAUAAUAUUGGUUCUAUUGUAAAUGCUUACAGAAAAGCCUACUCAUGUCUGCCUUUUACCUAGUUCUUACCUUAACUGUUGUUUUGCUUCGAUGAAUCCAGUGAAUAAAAACCUUGUUGGAACGGGUUACCUGACAACAGAUCAAAAGAAGAAGUUAUUGUGGGGAAAAAAGAAAAGCACGGCUUCAGAAGAGUCUGCUCAUCGUUGGGAUAAUGCGAGUGCGCUAAUUGGUGACCCUGAACGGCAAGAAAAGUUCAACAAACUUAUGGGUGUGAAAGCGAAGGUAGUAAACCAAGAGCAAAACCUGGGCGAAGUCGAGGCCGAGAAGCAGAAAGAGUUGCAGAUGGAUCUAGAGAAGCAGUACACAGCAGGGUUAAGGAGGAGAGAUGGACGAACAGUAGGGUUAGGUCUUUGAACCUCUUUGGUAAAUUGUUCGCAUACUCUUGUCUCCUUCUAAGCAAUCUUUUAGCAUCUUCUUUUUGUACUCUACUACUCUUGCUAAAUCCCUUUAUUUCAGUUACCUCAAUGUGUGUAAGAAUUAAGUGCAGUAACCAUGUUUUGAGACCACCCUAGUUUGGUUUUUGAUUCCGACCUGAAGAGAGAGACGUAGAAUUGUUGUCGAAUGAAAUAGAAUUCGUGGACUCUAAAGUGUUAAACUUAUUAAGCUAAGCAA